GUCGUCGCCGUCACGAAAACACAUCGCUGUACGUUACUGUAACCCAUAAGUCGUGAGUCACUAUUACAAAUUAUAAUACUUAAAGUUUUCGUCUUUAACCGCUUUUGCACCAUUUCUGGGGGUUUUUUUUAUUUCCUUUACAAAUAUCGUUUAAAAUCGAUCGCCCUGCGACUUGUUCAUCGGUCGUAUACCUAAUAAUAGUAUAUAUCACAUGCGUUUACAAGUUAUACAAACACGUACGUGAGAAGCCGCGUGUUAGACACAGUCACUCAAGGAUUACAGCUCAAAUCGUUUUGUUUACUCCCAUCCCGAUCGCCCGCGGUUCAUCUACGGUGUACAUUAAGUGUAUAUUAUAAUGUAUAUAUUGUUGUGUUUUUAAUCCGUUCGGGAUUUAAUCCGAUUCGGGAGUCCGACGUGUCAGCGACUUCGACGUAGGUAGACGUACCUGACCCGUAAGAUAUUAAUAACUAUAAUCUUGAGCUUUUAUACAACGCGACCAUAGCUCCACCCGAUCAGGUCUUACUGUCAUCCAAUGUGAUUUCAAAUAGAGCUAUGAGGAUCAUCGGUGUUUUGUUUACCGUUAUCCUUUUUUUCGUACCAUCACGAUGUUUGACGUACGUAGAUGGAGAUGAAUCAUCCGAUAAUUGGAACAAGGAAUCCGAUAUUUUACCAAGUAGAGCGGCUAUUGAACGAGUACCUCAUCAGUUCGAAAGGUACAAAAUCCAUGUCCCUGUUCGCGAUGCUGUUGAAAAACUGCCAUCAAAAAAAGAUCCAUCACCCUCAAAAUAUAGACUAGCGUCUGGAAGUGCUAACGUUUUUUGUCAUCUGGACUCUACACAAUACCAUAAAAACCAAAUUCCUCAAAAGUUGGAACAAAUCGUAUUAUCUUCAUGUACUCAUAUUUUGUUCAGUUCUGUAGACACAAAUUUUGACACUAUUGCAAACAAUUGGUAUUCUAGUCAAUCAAAUGGCACUUUUGCUUCAAUUGCACGUUUAAAAAAGAAAAACCCUUCGACAAAAAUAUUGUUAUUAAUUAACGAAAUUUUACCAGAAAGUGUGUCGUUUUCGAAGAGAGAUUUUAUUAUUUCGGUUUCGGAAGUUUUGAAAACUAGUGGAUUCGAUGGGCUAGUGUUAUCUGAUGUUGCACCCUCAAAUUAUAACGAGUUUGGUGAAGACGAAAAUAUUAAAGAAGAAUUUCCGUUAUUGAUUGAAGAAUUAGCGAGUGUGCUAAAACAAAGAGGAUGGUCAUUAUCACUAAUUGUACCUCCAAUGGAUCAGACGUCACAAAAUUAUGACACCAAAAGAAUCAUUUUAAAUUUAGAUUUCAUUAUUCUCAAAAGUUUUGAUUUCCGGCAAGACAAUGAGAAAAUUAUUGGUCAUCACGCUCCUCUAUAUAGCGCGGUAGAUAGGGAUCCAUCGUCAAAGUAUCGUAAUGUGGAUUAUAUGGUGAAACAUUGGAUACACAACGGUGCUGAUCCGAAUCAGAUAAUAGUUGGAGUAGCAUUAUUCGGAAGAAGUUUCAGAUUGACUGACCCUAAAAAUUUCCAACCAGGUUCUCGAACAAACGGUGAUGGAUAUGCUGGUAGAUGGACAAAAACGUCUGGGUUCCUAUCGUAUUACGAAGUAUGUGAUCGUGCAAAAAAAGACGAUUGGAAACAGUAUUCGGACAAAUCCGGUUCCCCGUUUGUUGUUAGAAAAGAUCAAUGGAUUAGUUAUGAGAACCAUCACAGUUUAACAAAAAAACUUGAAUACAUGGAAAAAUUGUCAUUAGGAGGAGUUAUGUUGUGGUCAUUAGAUUCAGACGAUUUCAAUGGACUUUGUGGCACUCCCUGGCCACUUGUAACCACAGUUAAAACAUAUAUUAGUAAUGUUAAUAAAAAAAAUUCUAUGGCGAAUGAUCUACGAGAAACACCAUUACAAUAUGAUCUAAACAAAAAAGUGGUAUGUUACUUUGCCAGCUGGUCAUGGUAUCGUUAUGGAGAAGGCAAAUUUGCUCCGGAAUAUAUCGACAAAAAUCUAUGUACACAUGUAGUUUAUGCAUUUGCUUCUUUAGAUCCUAAUGAUUUAACAAUAACAUCGGGAAAUGAAUGGGAAGAUUUUGAGAAUAAAUUUUAUGAAAGAUUGGUGUCCAAUUCGAAAUCUGAAGAUAUUAAAGUUAUGAUCUCAAUGGGUGGAUGGACUGACUCAGCUGGUGACAAGUAUUCAAAAUUAAUCAGCAGUGGAACUACUAGGAGAAAUUUUGUAAAUUCUGCUGUUGCGUUUUUGAGAAAAUAUAAUUUUAACGGUCUUCAUCUGGACUGGAAUUAUCCAGUGUGUUGGCAAGCUGAUUGUACUCAAGGCCCAACUUCCGACAAAACAAAUUUUGUUAAACUUAUACAAGAACUUAAAUCGGAGUUUAAUAAACAAGACCCACCGUUUGAAUUAUCAGCUGCGAUCUCCGGUUAUGAAGAAAUUAUUAAAGAAGCUUACGACUUUCCAAGUUUAAGUGAAUAUUUAGAUUUUAUGUCGAUAAUGACUUAUGAUUAUCAUGGAUCUUGGGAAAACUUUACUGGACACGUGAGUCCGGCUUACUACAAAAAUGGUGACGAAUUUCCUACUUAUAAUAUGGAUUCCACUAUUAAAUUAGUACGGAAAUUGGGCGCAGAUCCGUCAAAAAUUGUAGUAGGUCUUCCAUUUUACGGUCAGACAUACACAUUGUCAUCGAAUUCAGAACACGGAAUUGGUGACCCUGCUAAAGGUUCGGGAUAUCCCGGUGAAUAUACGCAGCAACCGGGAAUGUUGGCCUACUACGAAAUUUGUAACAGAGUUUCUAAUGAAAAAUGGCAAGUAUCGAGAGAUAAAAAUAAUGGAUUUGAUCCAUAUGCGUAUGAAGGGAAUCAAUGGGUUAGCUACGACGACGAAAUAUCAAUUAAAUUAAAGUCUGAGUAUAUAGUGAAGCAAGAACUUGGUGGGGCCAUGGUUUGGACAAUUGAUUUAGAUGACUUUAACAAUAUAUGCUGUAGAGGCUCUUAUCCGCUACUGACAAAAGUUAACGAAGUAUUUAAAAGGAUUCCAAUUAAAUCGUCAAAUUUAAUAUGUAAUAAACCAGAUUAUCCAACUACACCAAGUUAUCAAAUUCCUACGACAACUGAAGAAGGACAAGGCUCUUGGGAAGAACAACCGUCAUCAACAGUAUCAACAACACAACCUACAAGACCGACGACAAUGUCGACAACACAACCACCUACUAGACCAACAACACAAUUUAUAACUAAACCACAAACCCGACCUUCGACAACAACAACUACCACGAGUACAACAACGACUACAACCCCUCCAACAACUUCAACUACAACCACAACUGAACCAACUAUUGAUGAAGUAAUUGAAAAUGAACAACAGACAACUCACAAGCCAUCUGUAAACCGUCCUUGGUGGUCUGAGUACCAUACCCAAAGACCAGAACAACAAGAAUCGUGUAAACCAGGAACGUAUCAAUCUUCUAAAGACAGUUGUCAGAACUAUUAUCAAUGUAAAAACGGACGAUAUAGGAAAUAUGCAUGUAAAGAUGGAUUGCUGUGGAAUAGAAAUGCCAACAAAUGCGAUUCUUUAAGAAAUGUUGACUGCAAUGAACCUACUAAUUCUCAAAUUUCCGAAGUAACUACAACCACGACAAAAAAACCUGUUACUACAUCAAGACCUACAACAGUUAGACCAACCCCUACGUGGCGACCAACGACAACAACAGCCAGGCCGGUCACUACAUGGCGACCAACGACAACAACAGCUAGACCGUUCACUACAUGGAGACCAACAACAACUACGCAAAAAUAUAGAAAAUGCGUUGAAGGUGAAUAUGUCGCUGCUAUUGGUGACUGUACUUCAUACUUUGUGUGUACGUACGGUUAUUUCGUGAGACAGUUUUGUUCAGCUGGUUUGGCUUGGAACGAUCAAAAGAAAAUGUGUGACUGGAAAUAUAAUGUGUAUUGCAACUACCAACGUUCAAAUAGUAUAUUUAUGUACACUAGUAUGUUAGUCAAAUCUUCGGUGGAAUGCCAAGAGGGUGAAUUUGCGUCUCAUUCGGGAGAUUGCAACAAAUAUUUACAGUGUUUAUGGGGAAAGUUUAAAGUUAACUCAUGUCCUGCUGGUCUCUAUUGGAAUAAUAGGCUCAAGCUUUGUGACUGGCCAGUAAAUUCUGGCUGUAUGCCGUCUCAAGAAAUUAACACUUACCCCACCAGUGAGCCAGAAAUUCCAUUAUCACCUAGUCAACCGUCAAGUACUGAACCAACCACGAAGCCGACUACUUCAAGACCAAUAAUAACAAAGCCAACUACUUCCAAACCAAUGCCAACAAAGCCAACGACUUCGAAACCAACAACUUCUACUUCUACGACAACUGCUACUUCGGAAUUAACUACAGAAGAAAAUUAUACUCCAUGGAAGCCAACAACUGGAAUACCUACUACGGAAGAUCCGUGGGCAUGGAAACCUACCACUACGACUGCUGCAACUCUUCCCACAACCCAAUCAAACUACCAUUUGACUGGACAGUAUAAAGUUGUAUGUUAUUUCACCAAUUGGGCGUGGUACAGACCUUCACCUGGUAAAUUUUUCCCAGAAGAUACAGAUCCAAAUCUCUGCACUCAUAUAGUAUAUGGUUUUGCAACUCUUGAUUACACAGAUCUAGUUAUUAGAGUAUUUGAUUCAUGGGCAGAUAUUGAUAAUGGUUUCUAUGAACGAGUAGUAGCACUCAAGAGACGUGGUGUUAAGGUAUCUAUUGGGUUAGGUGGAUGGAAUGAUUCAGCAGGUGAUAAAUACAGUCGUUUGGUCAAUAAUCGUGCCAGUCGCAAAAAGUUUAUUAACAAUGUACUCGAUUUUAUGUAUAAAUAUGGUUUUGAAGGUCUUGAUGUCGAUUGGGAAUACCCCAAAUGUUGGCAGACUAAUUGUGACCAAGGCCCAGAAUCUGACAAAAAUGCAUUCUCCAAUUUUUUGAUUGAGCUUAAACAAGCUUUUAAACCACAUGGAUACUUAUUAUCUGCUGCUGUUUCUCCUAGUAAAGUAGUCAUAGACUCGGGUUACGAUGUGCCUAUAUUAAACCAAUACUUAGAUUGGAUUGGUGUAAUGGCUUAUGAUUAUCAUGGUCAAUGGGAUAAGAAAACUGGUCAUGUUGCUCCAAUUUAUCACCAUCCGGAAGACGACAUUUCGUAUUUCAACUUGAAUUAUACUGUUCAUUAUUGGAUCGAUAAGGGCGCAAGUAGUAGGAAAAUUGUUCUUGGGUUCCCAUUAUACGGUCAGUCGUUCACGUUAUCUAAUCCUAAAGUACAUGGAUUAAACGCCCCUUCUUCUGGGGCAGGAGAAGCUGGCCCAUUUACCCGAUCUGCUGGAUUUAUUGCUUACUACGAGAUUUGUCGUAAACUAGCCUCUGAGCAAUGGACCGUUGUUCAAGACCCACAAAAUAGAAUGGGUCCAUAUGCGUAUAAGGGCAACCAAUGGGUAGGAUUCGACGAUGUCAAAACAGUAGCGCAAAAGGCAGAGUACGUGAAAUCUAUGAAUUUGGGAGGCGCGAUGAUUUGGGCUUUAGAUUUGGACGAUUAUCGAAACUUAUGUGGCCAAGGACAUUACCCACUACUCAGCACUAUCAUGAGAACACUAGGUCAAAAACAUGGUCAUCCAAAUACAACUCCGAUGAUACCCGUAACAAAUAAACCGACGACAUCAACGACUACGUUGUCAUCACCGCACUACAACACUUCAACAACCGAAGUGUCUACAACCACACUGUUACCGACAAGACCAACAAAACCUACGUACACGAGACCGCCAACGACGACAACAACGACUACGACUACUACCACGACGACCACAACACUAAAACCAACAACGACUGUUAAACCAUCAUCCACAGAAUACUUUAAAGUGGUUUGUUAUUUCACCAAUUGGGCAUGGUACAGACAUAGUGGCGGGAAAUAUUUACCAAGCGACAUCGACCCGUCGCUUUGCACACACAUUAUUUACGGGUUCGCGGUACUGGACAACGAUGAGCUGGUCAUCAGGGCACACGACACUUGGGCAGAUUUCGAUAACUUUUUCUAUCGCAAAGUGGCAGCGCUCAAGAAAUUCGGCGUCAAGGUGUUGUUAGCGAUCGGAGGUUGGAACGAUUCGGCUGGUAGCAAAUACAGCGAGCUGGUCAACAACCCGUCCGCGAGAACCAAGUUUGUGGAACACGUAGUCGGCUAUUUGAAGCAAAACGAUUUCGACGGACUAGAUUUCGACUGGGAGUAUCCAAAGUGCUGGCAGGUCGACUGCAAGCGGGGCCCGAAAAGCGACAAAGAAGGGUUCUCGAGACUAUUGUUGGAACUGCGAAGAGCGUUCGACAAAGAAGGUUUCCUAUUGUCGGCGGCUGUGUCUCCCAACAAAGUUGUAAUAGACGCGGGUUAUGAUGUGCCACUACUCUCCGAGACGUUGGACUGGAUAUCCGUGAUGGCGUAUGACUACCACGGACAAUGGGAUAAAAGGACCGGACACGUAGCGCCCAUGUACUCUCAUCCCGACGAUUUUGACAUGACUUACAACGCUAAUUUCACGUUGUACUAUUGGGUGAACCAAGGCGCGGAUCCGCGCAAACUCAUAAUGGGUAUGCCCAUGUACGGUCAGUCGUUCUCGUUAGGUUCCAGUAAGAACAACGGUUUGAACGCUCCGACCUACGGCGGUGGUGAAGCAGGCGACGCGACCCGGUCCCGAGGAUUUUUGUCUUACUACGAAAUUUGCCACAAAGUGUUGAAGCGCGAUUGGCAAUUGGUCCAAGACCCGCUGGGCAGGAUGGGCCCGUAUGCCUACAGUGGCAAUCAAUGGGUGUCGUUCGACGACCAGGACAUGAUCAGAUUCAAGUCCGAAUUCGUCGUGCGUAAUGAUCUCGGCGGCGCGAUGAUAUGGGCAUUGGACUUGGACGAUUUCAAAAACGUGUGUGGUUGCGAGACGUAUCCACUACUGAAGACUAUCAACAGAGUGCUAGGAAGGUUACCGGGGCCGGGGCCAGACUGCUACUUGGACCAAGAGCGAAACGACUUGGACGGGGUGGUCAUCAACAACAGUGACAUCGGAUACGAAGAAGAACUGGGCAGAGGGCAGUGCACCGAACCGCUGUUGAGAGGGCACGGGACUGACUGUAACAAAUAUGUGAUUUGCGAGUUUGGAACGUUGCUCGAACAGUCUUGUCCGUCAAAUCUGUACUUCAACAAGAUGAACAUGUUGUGCGAUUGGCCCGAGAACGUCAACUGCACCGAAAAGAAACGCGUGUCGUCCUCGCAUAGACAAAUGCAACUGUUACAUUAACGAAUCCCGAACCCCGUGGGAAUGUGCCGCAUCGAUUAAUUUAAGUUUACGGUUUAAGAUACGACGAUUAUCAUAUUAUACCUAAGUUUUAUUGCAGUAAACAAUUGAACUCUACAUACUGUCCCUCAGUGUGUUCCCUUGGUCCGUUUCGCUAUACCAAAUAAUAUGUAUCGCGACACGGAUUGAUGAGACAUGUCGCGUAUUCGUUUUUGAUUUUAAUUUUAAACCAAAAUAUUAUUGUAAAUAAUUAUGUUAUAUGAAUAUUAUAUUUUUAUUAUUGUUCAACAAAAUACUCCACGGCUAAUGAUAAUCAAAAUUAUAAAACAUAGGUAGGUAUAUAAUAUUAUAAAAAAAAAACCCUUCAUAAAUUUACGCAACAUUAUUUAAAACUCGUAUUAUUAUUAUUAGUAUUAUAUUUCCGAUUCGUUCGAACUCUCACUGAUUCGUAACGUUAUAAUAUCACUUCUGCCUUCUGUGCUCUGACGUAUUGUUAUAAUAAAAUUGAUAAUAAUUUUAUUCCUCUAUAAAGUGAUAUUAAUUAUUGUAUGUAAUAUAGUACUACUAUUGUGA